AUGAGCGAAACCAAGGCCGAGAAACGCCCUCACACCGAAGAGAACGGCGAAGAUGCUGAAGUGACGGCCAAACAGUCCAAAGUCGACCAGAUCAAGGAAGCCAACAAAGAGAGUAAGUGUUUGACCAUGUUGUUGAGGGUACGGUAGGGCUGGUUGGGAAUGUUAUAGUACAGCAUAUGCUUAGUAUUAAGGAUUUUAGCUUAGUAUGUUAAGAGUAGUUAUAGAGUUAGCAAUAGGUCUAUAUACUUUAGUAUAAAAAACCAAAAAAUAAAAAUUAAAAAAAAUUUUUCAAGAAAUAGGGCAACUUUUAUAGGGAGAGGAGUAUGAGGGAGCGAGAAAUAUUUAGUGUUUUCGAGUACGUUAGUAAUGCACUUUUUGUAAACAUGUAAAUAAAACACAUAUGAAUGGAAUGCUAUUGCUUUCAUUGAGAUUAACACAAGUUUCUAGGCCAAUAAGUACUAAAACAAUAGCUAAUAAAGCUUUUACAUGGCUACUACUUUAAGGAUUUUAGAAAAAUCUUAGUUUUUAAAUGUUGGCAGGUACUGUAACUUCUAUAUGUACAUAAAUUCUAUUAAAAAUUUUUUAGUUAUUGUAUUUUAAAAUAUCUUUUUAGUAGUGUAACUUAAAGUACGUUGAACUUGUAGUACUAGUAGAAGAUUUAAUGUAAGUGUAGCUUUAUAAAACCUAUAAGCCUACUUAUUUUUAAAAUAAAGCACCUUAACCAACCUAGACUUAGCACAUUCCCUUUGCCAACGUAUUUACUAUAACAUGCUUGUUAUUCUGUCCACAGCGUAUUAUUGUGUUAUUCUUUUCAGAAGCCAAAGAGGUCGAAGAAGUAGAAAACGAGGAGGAAGGCGACGACGGCGAAGAGUCGUCGAACGCGGAAUCUGGCGCCGAAGACGAGGAGGAGAACGACGUGGACGACGAGGAAGAGGACGAUGUAGCCGGCGACGACGGUGACGACGCCGAAGACGGCGGCGAAGAAGACGAUGGCGAAGAAGAGGAGGAGGAGGAGGAAGAAGAGGAAGAGGAAUAG